AUGAAACAGAAAUCACGUGCAAACGACGGGUCCACACACCCCCACACCCCCGCAGGCCGCUGCCCACAACCGUACAUAUCAGAGAAGCUAUGCACGCGAUCAUCCUCCAAUUGCCAUGUAACGUCUAAUCUAAUUGCGAUAUCGAUGCAUGUAUUCGCUGUGUUGUCAAUCACGAUAUAUAUCCGUAUAGGCAGCCUUCCUAUUCAAAUAAUGCCACUAGCAUCAAUGGUCCAGGGAGAGAGAUGUGGAAAUUCAAGACGCUCGCUUAUUUGGGGAUCGCAUCAGCCAGCAACGGUUGACAAUAACGUAGGCGGCGCAUCCAUGUAUGAAGCAAGGGGAGGUCAUUAG